GCCGAGCCGGGCCCGGGGGUGGGGGAACCGCGGCUGCCGGCGCCUGCUCCGUCCCCUCCCACUCGCACGGCCCCUUCCUCCCUCCUCUCCCUGCUGCUCGCGUUUCCUGCCGCUUGGGCUCUCCCGGCCCGUAAAAGUUCUUCCCAACUUUUCCUCCCCGAGCGGGCUCAGCGGGCGCAGGCAGAGGGCAGGUUGCUGCGCUCCUGCUCGCUCAGCUGCCGGUCCUCCCGGCUCCGGUGCUCGGGGAGCGGCAGACACAAAGUGGCCGCUGGCCGUCCUUCCCCCCUCCCACCUCAGCCAUCCCGUCCGGCCUCAUCUCCUCGGCACCCCUCCCGCGGGACAGCCCCGGGCUUAGGUGGCUGUCCUCUCCUGCUCCGUGCGUUCCUGCGCGGACUCUCGCGCCGGGAUCGCAGCGGAAGCCUCCCUCCCCUUUCGCCUCCUCGGGCUCCUACCCUCCGCCCCUCCUCCGCCAGCCACUGGAAUCAAUUCCUUGGGGAAUUGGGGCUCUGCCGCCGCGGCGGAGGACAGCCUUGCCGUGCGGAACUCCGGGGCACCGACGGGGCCAUGUAAGCAGCACUUCUGCAGAGUCCCACACUGGGCAUGGCCACCUUUUUCUGUGACUGGAGGAGCACGGCUGGUAGUGCCAUCGCCCAGUCCCGAAACUGCUAAGGCCAUCUCAGGGGCGUGGGCGCCAGCACCUGAGGGCGGCGUCCAAGGGCCACAGAGCCAUGCCUUUCGGCCUGAAACUCCGCCGGACACGGCGCUACAAUGUCCUGAGCAAGAACUGCUUUGUGACCCGGAUCCGCCUGCUGGACAGCAAUGUCAUCGAGUGCACGCUGUCUGUGGAGAGCACUGGGCAGGAGUGCCUGGAGGCCGUGGCUCAGAGGCUGGAGCUGCGGGAGACGCACUACUUUGGCCUUUGGUUUCUGAGCAAGAGCCAGCAAGCACGAUGGGUGGAGCUGGAGAAGCCUCUGAAGAAACAUCUGGACAAAUUCGCUAAUGAGCCUCUGCUUUUCUUCGGGGUCAUGUUCUAUGUGCCAAAUGUGUCAUGGCUUCAGCAAGAGGCCACAAGAUAUCAGUAUUACCUGCAAGUCAAAAAAGAUGUGCUUGAAGGCCGAUUGCGGUGUACCUUGGAACAGGUGGUUCGGCUGGCGGGCUUAGCUGUGCAAGCUGAUUUUGGAGACUACAAUCACUUUGAUUCUCAAGAUUUCCUCAGAGAAUAUGUGCUGUUUCCUAUGGAUUUGGCCCUGGAAGAGGCCGUCCUGGAGGAGCUAACCCAGAAGGUAGCCCAAGAGCACAAAGCCCACAGUGGAAUCCUGCCCCCCGAAGCUGAGCUUAUGUACAUCAACGAAGUGGAGCGUUUGGAUGGCUUUGGACAGGAAAUCUUCCCUGUGAAGGACAAUCAUGGAAACAGUGUGCACCUGGGCAUUUUCUUUAUGGGGAUUUUCGUGAGAAACAGAAUUGGAAGACAAGCAGUCAUACACAGGUGGAACGACAUUGGAAAUAUCACUCACACCAAGUCGACCAUUCUCGUGGAGCUCAUCAACAAAGAGGAGACCGCGCUCUUUCACACGGAUGAUAUUGAAAACGCCAAGUAUGUUUCCCGGCUGUUUGCUACACGGCACAAGUUUUACAAACAAAACAAAAUCUGCACUGAACAAUCAAAUUCUCCACCCCCCAUCAGACGUCAGCCCACUUGGAGCCGAUCCUCUCUGCCCCGGCAGCAGCCGUACAUCUUGCCUCCGAUGCACGUCCAGUGUGGCGAACACUACUCGGAAACACACACCUCGCAAGACAGCAUUUUCCACGGGAACGAAGACGCCUUUUAUUGCAACUCUCACAACAGCCUGGACUUAAAUUAUUUAAAUGGCACCAUCACCAAUGGCAGCGUGUGUAGCGUUCACAGCAUCAACUCCCUGAACUGCUCCCAGAGUUUCAUUCAGGCGUCUCCCGUCUCUUCCAACCUCAGCAUCCCUGGGAGUGACAUCAUGCGGGCUGACUACAUCCCCAGCCACCGACACAGCGCAAUCAUUGUGCCGUCUUACCGGCCGACCCCCGAUUAUGAGACAGUCAUGCGCCAGAUGAAGAGGGGGGUCAUGCACACGGACAGCCAGAGCCAGUCUCUGCGCAAUCUCAACAUCAUCAACACCCAUGCCUACAACCAUCCGGAGGAACUGGUGUACAGCCAGCCUGAGAUGCGGGAGAGGCACCCCUACACUGUCCCUUAUGGGCCCCAGGGGGGCUACAGUAACAAACUUAUCGGUCCAUCUGACCAGAUCAACCCAAAGAGUAACUCGGUGCCCAGCAAGCCGGGGGCAAGCGCCAUCUCACACACAGUGAGCACCCCAGAGCUGGCCAACAUGCAGCUCCAAGGCACCCAUAACUACAACACGGCCCACAUGCUCAAAAACUAUCUCUUCAGGCCGCCGCCCCCAUACCCACGGCCCCGCCCAGCCACCAGCACCCCAGACCUGGCCAGUCAUCGCCAUAAGUACGUCAGUGGCAGCAGCCCUGACCUGGUGACGCGCAAGGUGCAGCUCUCGGUGAAGACUUUCCAAGAGGACAGCUCCCCAGUGGUGCACCAGUCUCUGCAGGAAGUGAGCGAGCCCCUCACAGCCACCAAGCACCACAGCACGAUGAACAAGCGCCACAGCCUAGAGGUCAUGAACAGCAUGGUGCGGGGCAUGGAGGCCAUGACACUGAAGUCACUCAACAUCCCUAUGGCACGCCGCAACACGCUCCGGGAGCAGGGGCCACCCAAGGAGGUGCCAGGGGGCCACGAGGUCCCCCAGCUGCCCCAGUAUCACCACAAGAAGACGUUCUCUGAUGCCACCAUGCUGAUCCACAGCAGUGAGAGCGAGGAGGAGGAGGAGGCUGCGGAAUCGGUGCCUCAGAUCCCUGGGCUCCGAGAGAAGAUGGAGUACAGUGCCCAGCUGCAGGCGGCCUUAGCCCGAAUCCCAAACAAGCCCCCUCCCGAAUACCCUGGCCCGAGGAAGAGCGUGAGCAACGGGGCGCUACGACAAGAGCAGGUUAGCCUCCCCCCAGCCGUCGCCAGAGCCAGGGUGCUGAGGCACGGGCCGGCCAAAGCCAUCAGCGUCUCCCGCGCCGACCAGCUGGCCGUCAACGGGUCCUCGCUUGGUCCAUCCAUCUCAGAGCCUGACCUGACAAGUGUGAAGGAGAGGGUCAAAAAAGAGCCCAUGAAGGAGAGACCUGUGUCUGAAAUGUUCUCCCUGGAGGACAGCAUUAUAGAAAGAGAGAUGAUGAUCAGGGGUAUGAAAGCAUACGUGCUCUGGACAUCGCACAAGUUCAGAACCCUGAAGAAGAAGCUGGAAGAGGGAAUGGUGUUCACAGAAUAUGAACAAAUUCCAAAGAAAAAGGCGAACGGCGUUUUCAGCACAGCGGCUCUGCCCGAAAACGCUGAGCGCAGCCGGAUCCGUGAAGUCGUCCCCUAUGAGGAGAACCGAGUAGAGCUGAUCCCGACCAAAGAAAAUAACACCGGUUACAUUAAUGCCUCCCACAUCAAGGUGGUGGUUGGUGGGGCAGAAUGGCACUACAUAGCCACUCAGGGGCCCCUGCCACACACAUGCCACGACUUCUGGCAGAUGGUGUGGGAGCAGGGAGCAAACGUGAUUGCCAUGGUCACCGCAGAAGAGGAGGGCGGACGAACCAAGAGCCACCGAUACUGGCCCAAACUGGGCUCCAAGCACAGCUCAGCCACCUAUGGCAAGUUCAAGGUCACCACAAAAUUCCGAACAGAUUCUGGUUGCUAUGCAACCACAGGCUUGAAGGUCAAGCACCUUUUGUCUGGGCAGGAAAGGACGGUGUGGCAUCUGCAAUAUACUGACUGGCCAGAUCACGGCUGCCCAGAGGAUGUCCAAGGAUUUUUGUCCUACUUGGAGGAGAUCCAGUCAGUCCGCCGCCAUACCAACAGCAUGCUGGAAGGCACCAAGAACCAGCACCCUCCCAUUGUCGUCCACUGCAGUGCCGGGGUGGGAAGGACCGGCGUGGUCAUUCUCUCUGAGCUGAUGAUCUACUGCCUGGAGCAUAAUGAAAAGGUGGAAGUGCCCAUGAUGCUGAGGCUCCUCCGGGAGCAAAGGAUGUUCAUGAUCCAGACCAUCGCUCAGUACAAGUUUGUCUACCAGGUCCUCAUCCAGUUCCUCCAAAACUCCAGACUCAUUUAACCUCCCGACCCAGCUCCUGGAAGAGGGACCCAGCCCCAUCUUGCAGAUGGGAGAGCACCUCCAGACAACAUCGGCUCCCCCAGCAGGGAGCGGAGGGCCAGAGCCAGCAGGCCACGGGCUCCCUGAAGACAGGAGCCAAGUUUAUUCAUAAACAUCAUGUAUUAUUUUGUAUGAGAUAAUUUAUUUUUUUCCCCCUUGGAAUAACUUGUGAAUCAUUGUACUUUUCGUUUGAACCACAUUUUGACUGAUCUGCAUUGUAACACAUCAUCAGUGUGGGGGCGGGGGGGGGUUGCCUAGUGGGUCAUUUUGGGGGACAGAGGCAUAAGGGAACACAUCUCUCAUGAAGCUGCAGCCAGAUUUGUAACCAACCCUGAAAUUCAUCAGCUUAAUUGUUCAUGUCCAAUUCAAAGAUGGCAAGACAAUGAAUUCAUCCUACAUGUAAAGAUGAGGCCCAAAGCCCUUUCCUGAAGGAAAAAACACUGUCAUCUUUUGGGCCCGUGAGCCUUGGUGGACAGGUUUCUCCCUUCUUCCUUUCUGUCCUCACUCUCAGUAGUCUCCCUCCCCUUCCCCAAACCCCGAUCUUGAGUUAAAGACGGAACAGCUAGCGGAAGUGCCACCAUGAUGGUAUAGCAAUUGUGAUAGCAACGGGA